AUGUCUGACAAUAAUUGCACCAUAUCCACUUGCCCGCUUACUGAGGCGUAUCUGGACUACCUACCCAACCUCCCUGCCAAUGCUUUCUUUGUCGGCUUAUUCGGUCUUAUCAUUGGAAUACAACUUAUUCUGGGAAUCAGGUACCGAACAUGGGCUUAUAUGAUCCCAAUGUUAUGCGGCCUCAUCCUUGAAGCGCUGGGAUACAUCGGCAGGAUCAUGUUGCACAACAACCCGUUCAAUUUCAACAACUUUCUUCUGUACCUGAUCUGUCUGACGAUUGGACCGGCCUUUCUCAGUGCAGCAAUCUACAUCUGUCUGGGCAAGAUCAUCAAGGUCUAUGGGGAGAAUAUCGCCCGGUUCCGUCCACGAACUUAUACGACUUGCUUCAUCUGCUUUGAUUUAGUAUCUCUUAUACUUCAAGCGGCUGGGGGUGCUAUCACUUCAAUUGCAGAUGACGAUCAGCGUAGCCUCCGGCAGACCGGCAUCAAUAUCAUGAUUGCGGGAUUGGCCUUCCAGGUCGUCUCGCUCUUUGCGUUCAUUGUUAUGGGCUCCGAAUUUGCCCUCCGAGUGCGCAGGAGCCCGAAGUCAGAAGCCAAUGACUUUAGUGGUCUUCGACAGAGCUGGAAGUGGCCCAUGUUCAUUUACUGCCUUGCCCUUGCCACGCUGACCAUCUUUAUUCGAUCGAUUUUCCGAGUUGCCGAGCUGAAGGGUGGAUUCUCCAGUGAAUUGGCCAAUAAUGAGGUUGAUCUGAUGGUCUUGGAAAGCACUAUGGUUUCUAUUGCAUGCAUUGCUCUCACAGCUGCUCACCCGGCAAUCGUAAUAGGCCGCGCUUGGAGUGCUCUGUGA